AUGGGCUCAGGCCAAGCUAAAUUAAGCUAUCGUAGUGUUUUUGUUGAAUUAAACAACAAAACCCAGCCUAUCGACGCUAACAAUGAUGAAUUCUGGGACCAGUUCUGGAGUGGAGGACCUACUCCUAUCGGUGAUUUGUUUACCUCUGUUCCAGGUAAUGAAAUAAGGCUGCUUAGGGAAGAAUGCCCCAGCAACCUGGCAACACUAUGUUACAAAGCAGUGGAACGUCUGGCCCAAAUUGCUGAAGCCUCAUUUCCAACCACACAGGAUCAACAAACUGCUAUCAAUUGCGUGAGGCUCCUCACACGUAUUAUGCCGUACAUAUUUGAAGACCCAGAGUGGCGGCCCUUCUUUUGGUCAGCUUUACCCUCUCAACCAGAUUCCAAUCCGGAUUCCGAUCUUCUCUUUUGUCCAGAUUUUACAGUCCACUCCCUAGUCAAGCCCGGUCCGGAGAACGCCGAAGACAUGCACACAAUCGAUAGUUGCGAGUACAUCUGGGAAGCUGGCGUGGGUUUCGCUCAGUCUCCUCCACAGAAUGCCCAGCACGAUGCCAAUCGCACCGAAAUCAUUCGUCUCCUUCUUGUUUGCUUCUCGGAGACCAUGUACCUUACCCAAGCUGAGGCACGCACUGUAACAAAUAAGUGGAUAGCAUUUUUCUCUGGUCCCGAGAACCGGCAUGUUCUCCCACUAUUUACUUCAUUACUCAAUGUUGUUUGUGCCUAUAACCCCGCCUCCUCGUCUCUCCCAUAUAAUCAUCUGAUGUUCACAGACUCCCGAGAACCUCUGGUUGAAGCUGCUUUGCAGGUUCUCUGUGUGACACUGGAAGCCGAUACUCGAAAUUUAGAAGAAGACGCUGCUCAAUCGUCCAGAACCGAAAGCAAAGGCUCCGACGAUAGCAGUACCAACCUUUUUUUGAAUUACAUGUCUCGGAUUCAUCGCGACGAAGACUUCUCCUUCAUUCUUGAUGGAAUCACACGCCUUUUAAACAAUCCGCUCACUCAGACCUACCUGCCGGGUUCGGCGAAAAAGGUUCAAAUGCAUCAGGAACUACUCAUCCUGUUUUGGCGCGUAUGCGAUAUCAAUCGAAAGUUUAUGUACUAUGUUCUUAAGUCAAGCCGCGUUUUGGACGUUUUGGUCCCCAUCUUGUAUCACCUUAACGAGGCAAGGGGCGACAAGUCACAACUUGGUUUGAUGCACAUCGGGGUCUUCAUUAUCCUCCUCCUGAGCGGAGAGCGCAACUUCGGCGUCCGAUUGAACAAGCCUUACACCAACCGCACCGCGUUCGACAUCACCGUUUUCACGGGCAACCAUGCGGACCUUCUGAUAAUCGUUUUCCACAAAAUCAUCACGACCGGCCACCAAUGUCUUCAACCUCUAUUUGAUUGCUUCAUAACCAUCAUUGAUAAUGUGUCCCCGUACAUAAAGAGCCUGUCCAUGAUCUCGGCGUCGAAGCUGCUGCACUUGACAGAGGCCUUCAGCCAACCGUGGUUCCUCUUCUCAGCCCCAAACAACUACCAGCUCGUGCUUUUCCUCCUGGAAAUCUUCAAUAACAUAGUGCAAUACCAGUUUGACGGCAACUCUUGCUUAGUCUAUACCAUCAUUCGCAAGAGACAAGUAUUCUACCGACUCGCCAAUUUGCCCACUUCUGAUGCGGAUAUUCGCGAAGUCCUUGCCAAGCACGGUGGCCUUCAGCGCUUCGAGGUGCCUCCUGACACUGACGACGACGACGAUGAGGAGGAGGAAGAGGAGGCGGAGACGGCGUUUGCCAGUGGUGGUGGUGGUGGUGCUGAGGCGGACCACAGCGAACCGGCGCCUGCGGAUGGUGAGACCAAUUCGACACCCAGCAGUGGUCCGACCAAACCUGAUGCCAGUGCAGACGUGGCUGAAGAGGGAGACGUUGAGAAUCAGAAGCAAACAACACCAGUGCCACUGCAGACGAGUCUGGCGGGCACCCCAGCCCUCUCCAGCAUGAUCAACAGCCAACCGGCGGUCAGGGUGGAGACGAUGCCCACCGCUGACGACCUCCACUCCCACGAGAGUCCCUCCUCCCCCACGCUUGCCGAACCCGACACCCAAGUGGUGGAAGGCAGUCCGUCUGCGGCGGGAACCGUCCAACUCAAGGCCACCUUUGCCGAUGCCGGCGAUGCGAAAGAGGAGGCAAAGGGAGGUGACGAGAAGACGGCCGGCGUGCAGCCGCGUCACCGGGAGCUUUCGGGAACAAGCAGACCGGCCUCCAUUUCGCCCGCGCCCUGGCGACCCACCAGCCGGUGGGCGUCGAGUUGGCACGCCAAACUGCCACUCCAGACGGUGAUGCGUCUGCUCCAGGUCCUGGUGCCGCAGGUGGAGAAGAUCUGCAUUGAGAAAGGUUUGACGGAUGAGCCGGAGAUACUCAAAUUCCUCCAAAACGGCACCCUUGUCGGCCUCCUGCCCGUUCCCCAUCCCAUCUUGAUAAGGAAGUAUCAGUCGAAUGUGGGCACCACCAUCUGGUUUAGGACGUACAUUUGGGGCGUGGUUUAUCUGCGCAAUUCCGACCCCUCAAUCUGGUUCGACACCAACGUCCGCCUCUUCGAAGUCCAGCGCGUCUAG